AUACAUUAUUUUCAUGUAUAUGCAUAUAAACAUUUAUAGGAAGCACGUGUUUAAUGUUAAGAUAAAUAUUUAACGUGUUGCUUAGUAAGCACAAGUUCCAGAAGUUAAUGAAGGAUGUACAAUAAAUAAAAUUAUUCCAUUAUGGAAGACAUAAAUAUUUAUGACAAAAUAACAUCAGAAGAAGAACUCAUUAAUACAACUUGCAACGAAAAUUAUGAGGAUGAUACCGAAUUUGUAAUAUUAAACAAAUAUACUACCGUGGAUGACAACAUGGUUGUUGGAGAAGAAGUAGAAGUCAACGAAAAUAUGGACUUACAUCAAAGUAGUUCUUUAGAUUCUAAUUGUUCAUUGGAAAAUAUAUCAACAUCCGCUGACGACAACAUUCAUACAUGCAACAAAGAAUUAACAGAUUGUAUGGAAACUUGUUCUAUGAUUUCUUCCACAAGUUCUAAUAUUAAAGAUAAUUUAAAUCAAAUUAAUGAUGAAGAAUCUACCAUGUUAUCUGAUAUGAUAAAGGAUGGAACGAUUGAUUAUUAUAAUAGUACCGAUGAUGAAUCUCAAGGUGAUGAUGAAACAGUAGCAAUGUUUGUUACUGCUGCUGGACAACAGUUAGCAUUAUAUGCAGUUGAGGAUAAUGAUGAUAUUUUUGCUGUUUCUCUUUACGAUGAAUCUGGUGAACCUCCAACUAAUUUUCAAUUCCUUAUGAAAGUAGAUGUGGAAAGAUUGAUAGGUGAAGGUGCUGUAAAUGUGGUGAAGAAACCAUCACAGAUAAAAAAACAUUUAUUAACUCCACAAUCUUCUGUGUUAUUACCUAAAGAAUGUCUAAUGAAUCAAGAGGAAGAUGAUUUUGGUAAAGAUAUGGUUCAAGAUAACGAUCAGAUAAAAGAACAUGAAACGACGUGGAUUAAAAAAUCGCCAAAAAAAUAUGAUACAAAGCAUGAACUUGUUGUGGAUGAUAAUAAUAAAUCUGAAGACUCAAAUGUAACAUAUUUAAUGGUGGACGAUUGUAAUAUGAUGUUAGAUACAUCACCUGUUAAUGAAGACAUUCAAAGUGACGAGGAAAUAUUAGAACAAUCUACAGUGCAAUAUAUUUUUUUCGAAGACAAUGAAUCUGAUUCAGAAUUAACAUUCGGUGAAGUUUUAUCAACUCUUCAAAAUAUGAAACACGAUCGACUGUCUAAGAAAUCAUACAUGAGAACAGAAAUAGAUGACGAAUCUAAUAAACUAGAAGAAUCAUCUUCUAAAAUGAUUCUUUCUAAUGGAAUAGAGUCAAAUGAAGAUAGAUUAAAUACAAGUAAAGAUACAGAAAUAUGUAACGAAUCUAAUCCAAUAAAUACAGUGUAUAAAGCAAAGAGACCACGUAAACAACAAUUAACUUCAGUAAAUCGUGAAGAUUCUGAAAUAAUCAUUCAACCGGCAUCUUUGUUAGCGGAAAUAGAAAAAAGUACAAAAUCAAGAGGUAGAAGAAGAAGAUUUAAUUCACCUUCUGAAUACCAUGGUAAAAGGAAUAAUUCAAAAAGUUUAAUGAGAAUGAAACAAAGAGUUAUCGAGAUUAUUAAUAUAGAUCUUGAUGAAGAUGAAAAAAUGUCGUCCGAGGAAAAGAAUAUCGUUGAAAUAACUAUCGAUGAAAAUAAAGACAAAUACUCUAGUGACAAAGAAAAUGAUAUAAUAAUGGUAGGAGAUUCGGAUGAUGAUGAUGAGGUGAAAGAAAAUGUUUCCAAACAUACGGGAACACUCAUGCAAUGUGAAUUUUGUUCAAGACGAUUCAGACAAAAGAGAGCUUUGGAUACACAUUCGCGUGUUUGUUCCAAAUCAUCAUCCGAUGUAGGUAAAUUCGAUCAUGAAACUAUUGAUCAUGUAAAUAAUGUUGAUAAAAAAAAAGACACCAAAUUAUAUUCAUGUAAAAUAUGUCAAGAAAAAUUUGAAGUUGUUGUUGCAUUGGCUCGUCAUGUGCGUUUGGAACAUUCACAAAGGAAACGACGUAUAUCUAGUAAAUCUUCUGGUGAACCAGAUUCUGACGAAUCAUAUUCUAUGGAAGUUACUAAAGAAAAUGUGAGGAUACAUAAAAGAACGAAAAAAAAACGGGAUCACGUUCAUUCGUGGGAAACUAAAAAAUUAUGUUGCAAAGAUUGCGGAAGAUGGUUUUCAAGCGCAGCUUCCUUAAGUACACAUUAUUUGAAACAUGAUACAAAAAGACCAGAGAAACAGAUUCGUCGAUGUGAAAUUUGUAAGAAAUUAAUUAAAUCAAGGAUGCUUUUUAUACGUCAUCUUAAAAUGCAUAAUAAUCUUAAAUUGUACGCUGGAAUGAGUGCGUUGCAAAAAAAAUUACGAAGUACUCGACAACCAACACGAAAGAUCAUGGCGUUGAGGAAAAGAGGAAGACCACGGAAACUUUGAUUAAUUUAUAAACAUGUUAUUACCAUUUCAAAUAUGCAACCUUUAUGUUAAAAGUAAUGUUAAUAAUAAUAUUCUUCUAUUAAAUUA